AUGCCAGAGUUAAUUUCUAAAUUGAUUGUUAAAUGCUGGGAUGCUAAGCCAGAAAAUAGACCAUCUUCGGAAGAAUUAUAUGACACUUUAGAUGGAUACUAUAAUGAAAUUUUAAAUCAAAGUUCUGCAGAAUUCAAUACACAAAUCAAUAAAGCUGAUGAAGCAUCUGAAGAAUUUUUGAUAUCAUCACCGACUAAUACUGGUGAAAGUCGAUUCACUCCUUUAAAUAACGUGGUUUCUGAAAACAGUGAAAGCUUACUCAUUCCACAAGAUGAUCAAAAGAGUAGCAAUUUUUCAAUAAUAGACAAACAUGAAUAUUUAGAUGAUCGAAAGAGUAGUGAUUUAUUAAUUGUAGACAAACAGGACUAUUUAGAUGAUCAAGAGAGUGACAAUUUUUCAAUUAUAGACAAACAAGAUGUUCAGAAGAGUAGUGAUUUAUUAAUUGUAGACGAACAGGACUAUUUAGAUGAUCAAGAGAGUGGCAAUUUUUCAAUUAUAGACAAACAAGAUGAUCAGAAAAGUAGUGAUUUAUUAAUUGUAGACGAACAGGACUGUUUCGGUAAGUAA